UUAUUGUUGCUGAAUCUAAUAGCAAUUUUUGUUCUAAGUUUUUUAUUUUAUUUUGAAAGCUGUGUUUAUUUAAAGCCCCUUAAACUGCGCAUGCCAACAGAUAUUCCCAUAAAAACGAUUUGCGCUCAUAAUGUCCGCGAUCCUAGCCCCGCCCAUGUCCGCGCGCCUGGCCCCGCCUAUGUCAUGUUUAUUGAGCAGCCCUCUGCAGGCCUGUGCGGCUCCAGUCGCAUCAGUCGGGACAUGGCGUCUCUGCGCGGACGCGGGAUGCUGUUUCGUCUCUCCGUGGGAAUCGGUCAGCCGCUCGCCUUCUGGACCUCAUAACCGGAAUCCCACAUGACGAUGGAGGACGAGGACGGCAGCGCGGCGCUCUCCACCCGCAACAUCCAACAGAAGCAGGCAGGGGGUGUCGGAGGGAACGGGGCUUGCAUCGACAGGCAGCCGGACACGGUGGUCCACCAGGCGGGGCUCAACCACACCACUGGUCGCGGCAGCCGCAGCGGUCCCGGGGCUCAUUCCGCGACCGGGAUCCGAGUGCUAAAGCAGCGUAACAUGAAGCGGAACGGGAGCCGGAGCUGUGUGACUAGAAAAAGUCGAUUUGGGUCUCGGGAGAGGGACUGGCUGAAGGGGGACACCCAGCGGGGCUGUGUGUGCCUUUACAGGGGCACUGCGGAGCCCCCACCACCUUCCUCUGGCCCACAAACCUCCUCCAACCCCCAGACGGACCUGCAGUUGGUGCUCUGCUCCACUAGUACCACAGUGGAUGAGCUCUGCGCUCAGAGGGAUGGACAGGAGCUCUACAUUCAGCUCCAUGGAGAUCUUGUCAGGAGAAUGGACUCCUCUGAGCAACCCCUCCAGAUGGUUUAUGACUACUUGACAUCAAUGGGGUACGCUGACCUGACGCGGGUGCAGCAUGAAGCUGCUAACUCUGACCUCAGCUGUUUGAUCCGUUUCUACAGUGAACGUCCAGUGAAUGCGGACCAGCAGGAGCGAACCUUGCUGAAGGGUGUGUUCAGCGUGAGGAAAGGAAAAACACAGCUGCACAAGUGGGCAGAGCGGCAGGUUAUCCUCUGUGGCACCUGUUUGAUCGUGGCGUCUGUGAAAGACAGUCUGACUGGGAAGAUGCACAUCCUGCCUCUGGUGGGGGGAAAGGUUGAGGAGGUAAAGCGGAGGCAGCACUGUCUGAUGUUCAGCUCAGCCGGCUCACAGGCCCAGACUUACUUUGUCAACUUCGACUCACUCGCAGAGUACCAGCGAUGGCAUCGGCAGGCAUCAAAAGUAGUGUCUCAGACAGUAAGUGUGGUGGACCUGUCCUGCUACAGCCUGGAAACAGUGCCUGAAUACCUGUUUUACUGUCAAGACAUCACCCACCUUAACCUGCGGCACAACUUCAUGAACCUACAGGGGUCUGGAGGCCUGCUCAACCUCCCCAGGUUUUCCCAGCUAAAAAGCCUGAACUUGUCUCACAAUCGUCUGGGUGUGUUCCCAGAGUGUGUGUGUGAAAUCCUCACCUUAACUGAACUCAACCUGUCCUGUAAUAAAAUCCACACCAUCCCGGAGCAGAUCAGCAACCUUCAGAGCCUGCAGACAUUAUCUUUGGAUGGAAACCAUCUCCAAUCUCUGCCCAAAGAACUGGGUGACCUGUCUCAACUCAACAGCCUGGGGCUCUCCUUCAAUGAUUUCUCUCACAUUCCAGCUGUGCUUGAGAGAUUAAGUACAGUGGACAAGCUGGCCAUGGCUGGGAACAGAGUGGAGAGUCUGGAUUUAUGUACACUGAUUAGAAUGAGCCAUCUAAGAAACGUCGACCUCCGGUUGAAUAGUCUUAGGUGGGUUAAAAGCGAAGCCCUAACAGGAAUGAGUCAGGUGACCCUGCUGGACCUACGGGAUAACCUCCUGGAUUCGGCAGACCUGAGCUCCAUGUGCAACCUGGAAACUCUGCACUGCCAAAGGAACCAGCUGGGAACGCUCACACUCAGCGGCUUCACACUGCGCACGCUUCACGCCAGCAGCAACCGCCUUACAACAGUCAACCUAUAUCCAGUCCCUAAUCAGCUGACACACAUGGACCUCUCACAGAACCUCUUGGAAUACCUUCCAGACUGGAUAUGUGACUGCAGAAAAAUUGAGGUGCUGGACAUAACGCACAACCUCCUGUCUGAACUUCCUUCCAGACUGUUUAACAGCUUGAGCUUGAGGAGGCUGCUAACGGGCAACAAUCGUUUGCAGAGACUGCCUGACCUACUUGACCAUGUUCCUUUGGAAGCCCUAGACCUCCAGCAUAACAGGCUAAAAGAGCUUCCUGAGAGUCUUUUCUGCAAGGCCUUAAAUCUAAAAUUUCUAAACGCAUCAGCCAAUGCCCUGGAGAGUAUUCCUCCUAGCAGCCAAUCAGAGGAGAACCUCAGCACACUUCAGGAACUCUACCUGUCAGGUAACAACCUGAACGAGAACUGUGCCGCCCUGCUGGUUGGACACCGUAACCUUCAUGUCCUUCAUAUGGCCUACAACCAACUUCUCUCAUUUCCUGCCAGCAAGCUGAGUAAGCUGGAACUGUUGGAGGAGCUAAAUCUAAGUGGCAACAAACUAAAGAGUAUCCCUUCCACCGUGUCUAGUUGUAAGAGACUGCACACCCUCAUAGCACACUCGAAUCAUUUAACUGUCUUCCCAGAGAUCCUCAGUCUUCCUGAGAUCAAGCUUGUAGAUCUAAGCUGCAAUGAGCUGACUGAGAUCCAGCUCGCUGAAUCCCUGCCUGCAACCCUGCAAGAGCUGGAUCUGACGGGAAACAGCAACCUCAUUUUAGAGCACAAAACCCUCAACCUCUUCAGUCACAUCACUACCUUAAAAUUAGACCAGAAAUGCGUUGCGACACUCGGAGAUUCGCUCAGCUCCUCCUGUCCGUGGAGCCAUGGUUACUCUGAAAUGACCGGUCAAAGGAACAAGUUAUGUGUGUCUGUGUUGGCUGUCGAUCGCUUUGGAGACGGCGUGGAAGCAUGCUAUGGUAUCUUCGACGGUGAUCGCAAUGAAGAAGUGCCUCGGCUGUUGCAGUGCACUAUGGGAGAUGUACUGUGUGAAGAACUGCAGCACUCCAGCAUUGACAGUGUGUACAUGUGUAACACCUUCCUCACCUCACACAGGAAACUUGGUAUGGCUGGGCAGAAACUUGGUGCUUCUGCAUUGCUGUGCUACAUUCAUCAUGAAGCCACAGACUCUGGAGGCUACCUUGGCCUUACUGUGGCCAACGUUGGCACCUGCCAGGCUGUUCUGUGCCGCAACGGACGACCUGUUCAGCUCUCAAAGGUCUACAGCUUAGAGAGCUGCCACGAAGAGAUGGAAAGGGUGAAACUCCACAAGGCCAUAAUAACAGAGGACAACAAAGUGAGUGGAGUCACAUGCUGCUCUCGUCUGUUGGGCUGCUCCUACCUGUCUCCUUGGGUGCUUCCGAAGCCGUGGGUGCACACCGAGUCCCUCUGUCCGCAGGAUGAGUUUUUGAUCCUGGGGAAUCGGGCCUUGUUUGAACGAGUGUCCUACCAGGAAGCCGUGUGCACUGUGCAGGCUGUGCGAGAUCCACAGACUGCUGCCAAAAAGCUGUGCUCACUUGCCCAGAGUUAUGGUUGCAAGGACAACAUUGGAGCCGUGGUGGUGUCCCUUCAGAUAGGGGAGGAUAGCUGCACUUGUGAGGCUCCGGUGUCAACCACUGAACCACGAUUAACACCCCCAGCCCCUGUGCUCUCUUCUGUGACUCCAACCCCCAAUGAUCAAGCCAGCCUCUCCUCCAGCAGUGGUGUUGUCACUGAGUUUAGCAGUGAAACAUCAGCCUCAGAGGUGGGGAGUGAGGCGGGGUCCACCGCCUCAGAUGAAAACCCUUCCUCUGUCCCAGGAUCCCGUCCAGAAAGGCGCUGCAGCCUGCACCCCUCUUCUGCACUGUGUGGCAUCAUGGUACCGGGCUCAGCAGGGACAGGAACCCAUCCAGGAAUAUUCCAGCGGCAACCAACUUCUACUAUGUUUUCAAGUAAGCAAUCUGACAAUGGCUUGGACAGUGAUGAUGAAGGUCCACUUGAGGGCGUCAUGUCCAAUGGUAGCAAGUUAGAAGUGGAGGUGGAUAUUCACUGCUGUGCUUUCCAACUUCGGUCAGGGGCCCCUGAGAGUCCCAAGAACUCGGUCCUUAAAAAACAUUGCUCUGACUAUCAAAAUGGCAAAAUGCCCCAAAAAAACAAUGUGGUGGUUUCUGCUACAAACGGCUGCUUGCUGGCUGUAUGUGGACGAGAGAUUGCAGAACUUAAGAAGUCUCCUUCCACCUCCAGCCUGUUUGGGAAAAAGCUGUCCAAUGGCUCUGUAGUGGCCCCAGAGGACAGUCACAACCUCAUCGAGGUGGCUCUGGAGGUGCCUAAGAAAAAGUCUGGCUACUUUACAGCCCCAGCACAGCAGGACCCGGAGGACCAAUUGAUUGUGCCUCCUAGUCUGGAGCAGGAAGUCAGAGAGCAGCUAAAAGGCCAGAGCACUCAAGUGUCAGGUCUGUCUGCGCCAUCAACACCCACGUCCUUAAAAGACCCCGUGUGGGAUCAUCCACACCCACCAACACUUGCCUCCAGCCUGGUCCCAGGCCCAGCUCCCAUCCUGCAGCAGGAGGUCUACGAUACUGCCCUCUAGAGCAAAGCAGAUUCAUUGACUCACAUGUAUUUUUCUCACAUGUGCAAUGUUUCAAAUUAAGUUGCCAUACAAUUAUUUUGUGAGCGGGACUUUGAUAAUCACCUAAUGACACUGUGCCAUUACUGAGAAACAAAAAGGGGGUAUUCCAGAGGAUUGUGAUGACACAAGGAUUACAGUUCAUAAAACAGAGUGUGAGAUGAUGGCUGGGAGUCGCACAGAAAAAGAAGAACAACCUGAAAUGGAAUACCUCGUGUGCUUGAACACAUCAACAGCAUUCCCCUUUACAUGGAAGAUAAAACAAACUGAAGGCUGCUUAAGAAGUGCGGAUCAAAUUGCUUCUCCGGGGGGGCUCCGUGGUCUCUCAGGUCCUGGAAAGAAGCACCAUGACUGAAACUUGAAAAGUGCCUACUACAGAUGAUGCAGCCAAGUGCUCCAUAAUGAAAACUGUGCUUUGGGACACGAGUUUGUUAUUGCAUUUGAAGGAGGGGCAGUGUCUCUAAGAGACUAGCUCUGGCAUAGAUUCUCCUCUCCUCCUCCACCAAAGUCCCCUUGAAGAAAAAGAAACAAUAAAAGUGUCACAGACCUUAAAGAUGUGAAACUACAUUUACAUUGCUACACAUUUUAUAGUUUAAUUUUUUAAAUCCCACAUAAUAUGUAUGAAAUCUAUUAUACAGAAUAAAUCUGCACUUUGCAAGGCAGCAUACACUCUCAACUGUUUGAUGCACAUGACCAAAUAUUCCCUUAAAAUCUGCUUUCUUUGGAAAAAUCAAAGCAAAUGAGUUGACUUAUUAGAGAAUAGAAAUCUGAAGGCCCUAAAGUUGCCACUCUAUGUCAGUAAUUCGAACAAAAAAAGACAUAGUCAUAAAUAAUAGUCAUGACGUCAUUCUGUGACAUAUUUUUGUGAACUGUUAAGAAGUAUCUAGAUUUGCACAUUUUAUGACACUUUCGGGGCUGCUAACCUUUUUAAUUUGUUAUCAUGAGUUUGUGUUACAUGUUUUGUUUAAAUGUAUCCAUGGUACAUGUAUGGUACAAUCAUUUAAAAUUCUCUUUUUUUUCAUUUGUUUGUUUGUUAUUACCUGUAAGUGGCAGAGAUUUGGGACAUGUACAGACAUUGGAGCGCAUGACCCCCUGUCUGCCAAAAAAAAAAAAAAAAAAUGGUAAGUAACAAGUAAAUUAGAGUGAAACACUGAUGAAGCCACUGGGAUGAAUGCUGUAUCAUCUAAGGAAGAAGAUUUUAAGUCCAGAGGCCAUGACUCAACUUUAGGACACUUAGGAAUUAAUAAGCAAUCAUUCUAGCAAAUGAAAAGUAUAAAAAAAUAUAUCAGAUCUUUCUGUAAACAUUAGUUGAUGCUUUAUAAAUUAUGUAUUAUUUUCUUUUUUAAAGAAGGACUUAAGGCAUGGAUGAUUUAGCCUGGAAGUUUCAGUUAAUCCAGCCUGGACCCUCCCCACUCUGAGCCAUUGGAGGAAGCAGCACUGUUGGACUGUCAAAGUUGAGUCAUGUCAGUGAUAUUAAACUUUUAUUUUUGGUAGCCUCCCUCAGCCCUGUAGUAUUACUCUUUUGGGGAUUCUACUGCUAAUGCAUUGCUGGACCUUCCUUCGCGCCUUAAACUACUUUGAAUCGUCCCAUUUAUGUCCUGUUUGUGGGUGAGAUCUUUGGCUCUGUGGGUAUUUUCUUUUAGCUCCAUGUGAAGGAGGAAGAAAUCAAUGCUGAGGCCUUACCUUUUUGUUGUCUCUGCCACUUGAAAUGAUGAAACACUGUUCAAGGCACUUUUACAAAGAAAACAGAUUACUAGACUAAAUUAUUUUAUUAAGUGGACAUGCUGAUCACUUUAUUGUGCAAAGAUGUCCAAGUGAUGAUGAAAAAGGGAAACGUUUCAAACUAUUUAAUGACGAUGGAUUUGCUGGUAGGCGAAAAUGUGCUUUUUUCACAAAGUAAUUAUUUUUUGCUCCCAAGUUUCUUUAUGUUUUACACGCACAUUUAUAGUAAAAUAUCAAAACAUCUGUUCAAAAAAUGCUUUGCAUCUACUACAAACCUUUUAACUCUUUCUUCUUUGUGACAUCAGUUUUAAAAUUCCCUUUUUGCAGUAAACAAAAAAUGUAAUCCCAAAACAUGACUUGCACAUUGGUUUUUCAACUAUUUUUAUUCUAAGUUAUCAAAACAUAUAAAAAUUCUUUCUUGGAAUUUUUAUUUUUGCAUUAUAAUAAUAGAUUUGCCUCAAGUCACUUUAUCAUCCACUGCUUGUGAUACCAAUCACAUUAGACUGUAUGGCUCUGACUGCCAAAAUCAGAACUAUAAUAUCUGCACUUUCACUUAAUAACAUUUUUAAUUUUUUAGCAAAAGUGACUCAUUUUUGGUGAGACGUUCAAUUUAAUUAAUAAUUUCCUAUAAGACAAUUGCAGAACCUUGAGAAAGUUUAUAGUAAAAACAUAAAAAAAUACAUCUAAAUGUAAACCAGAGUGUCUUUUUUCACCCUAAUUUAAAUAGUUCUCUGAAAAAUGAAAACAGAUUUAUGUGAGUAUGUAUAAUAGACAUAGCUGGGGCUUUUAUAGUUUUUUAAUUUCCUUUUUCCUAUUCAUUCUGAAACUUUUGUUUGUUGUUGUCCAUCAUUUGGUGAACAGGGACUUUAUGCAAACUGUAUACCCAAACUGAGUGCUGGGGUGUGAAUCCGUCUGCAUUUUCUGAAGACUUUCCCUUUAACUUUGUAGAGUGUUUGUGUGGAGGCAAUGAGUCCCUCUAUUCACCAAAAUAGAUCAAAGGAUGAUCCAUUUAGGAGUUUUUACAGUUUUCUUUUUUCCCUUUGAACACGGCAAGCUAUUUGUCCAAGUAUAUUCCAAAGUGUCUAUGUUUGUGAAUAGUUGAAAGCUUUAGCACCCACACAAAAUUGGUGUAUGCAUGCUUGUGUGAACAACUGGCCGACUGUAAAUCUGUGUGAAAGUGCAAAUGAUGAAAGAUGCUCCGGUUAGUAAAUAUGUGACCAAAGCAGCCAUUGUUUAAUGCCACCAUUCAUUUUUGUAUAUUAUUUUUUACAAAAUGCUUUAUUUUUCUUUUCCUUUUAUGCCAAGAAGCUGAUGUUUAUUUUUGUAAAUCAAUGUAUUGUGCACAUUUCAAAUGCUCUCCUAACAUAAGUUCCAUCAUCUUUAAAAAUGAUGGAGAUUCUACAGAAAACUUGUCAUUGAAAUAGUGAAAGUGUAAAUGUAAAUGUUGUUCAAUGUCAAAGCAUGUCUGAAAUAUAGGUGAACAUUAAGAUACAGUCAACAUAACAAAUGUGAUUUAUUUGUACACAACUGAGCAUAUCAAUGGUCUCUGUUUCUUUUCUAGCAUGCAGAUUGCCUCUGAAAACUACAUUUAGUACUUGUAAGAUUUGUUAUUUAUUAUUUGAACUCAUAGUCGGCACCUUUGCUAUUUGCCAAACAGAAUCAUACGCCUCAGACCUUACUCAGAAGUGAAUACUGGAUGUUCAUUUACUUUACAUUUUUUGUUCAUUCUAAAGCCAAGUAGCAAUAAAACUUUGACAUUGUAGUCACCAAGUUAAUUAUUUCAUUCAAUAAAUGCAAUCAUCACCUUUA